UGUUUAUAUUCAUUCUCAAUUGUAUUAAAUAUAGAAUUUAUUGGCAUCAUGAGUUUUAGGACUCCAUUAAAAACAAACAUUAUUAACUAAUCUUAGUCUCCUUACACUAAUAAUUCAAACAGCUCAACAAGACUGUCAUCAAUCAAAAAAGUGCUAAAUUCAGACUAAUAAGUAGAAACAUAUAAAAAGAAUAGAAGUGUCACAUUUUAAAAUAGUCUGAAUAAUAUUAAUAUUGUGAAUUUUAAUAAUGAAAGUCUUGUUGGUACCAAAAGUCAACCUAAAUUUUUAAUGAACAAUUUAAAUGAUAAAUAAAAUGAAAACAUAAGUGUAAACUCUGCUAUAAAAGAAAUUGUUUAAUAUGCGAGUGAUUCAAAAUACCUUAUUUAUUAAAAUUAGAUAGAUAGGUAGAAGUAGUCUUCUUAAAAUUUAUUUCAUACACAAAAUAGAUUCUUAAAGAAGAAACCGCAUUGCCCUAAUGAUUUAGCCUGUUCUCAUAAGCAUAUAGAAUAAAAUUAAAUUUAGGUAAAUCAAAAGCCUAACAAAAGAUCAUUAGGAGAAUAUAAUUAUGAAUAAUCAUAAAAAAUGAUACUUCAAGAUUAAUAAAGCAAUUAAAAACUGAAUUAUUAAAUAGUGAAAAAUUCUUAAAAUACUAUAAGUAAAUGUUUAGAGGAUCAAAAAGUAUAAAAUAUCAGCGAAGAGGAAAUAUUGUAAAACUUAUUGAAUUCUGCAAGAGCAAUAAGUAGUAAGACAUUCUUAAAAAUUCAAGCAAGUAUGAAACCUCACCCUGUUUUGAUUAGCUAUUGCCUUUCCUUUAUUUAUAUAUAUAAAGACUACUUACAAAUAAGUGACUGUAAGUUAAAGAAAUUAGAAAAUAACUGGAGAGAAAUUUAGGAUAUAUUUCAGCACCAUGCACCUUUAAUAUAAGCGCUUGACUCUAUUGAUACUCAGAUUCAAUAAUAAAGGAUCAACACAGAUAAUAUUAAUAAGUCUAAAGAGUAGAUUUAAAAAACAGAAUUUAUAAUAGACACAAUAAAAAAUACUCAAAUAUUUACAGACAUAGUCUAACCAAUUUAAAACUUCAUAAAAUAAUGUGAAUAUGCUAUUAAUUUUUAUAAUAGAAAAUACGAUACAAAAAAUAGGAAUAAUUAAAGUGAUAGCAAUAAAAAUAUUUAAUUUAAUAGAUUAGACUAAAUAGUUCAAAUUUAAUAAAAAAUGCCUAAAUUCUCAUAGAAUUUUUAAAACGAUCAAAUGAGGAGAAAUACAUAUGCACAUAUAAAUUAAAGCUAAGAAAGUGGAGAGAAUUAAAUAGACGAUGAAUUAAGAGAAUUUACAAUUGACUUAUCUCCAAUAUAAUAUAAGAACAGUAAAAACUAAAUAAAUCAAUUUUCCUUGUAGAAGUAGUUAGCAUAGCAACCCAUAAAUUCAAAUAAAACACAUAAAAGAAGAUAAAGUGAAAAUAUAUUCAAUAUAAAUAGUUAGAAUAAUUAUUAAAAUGAUAAUCACAAACUUAAUUAAAAUUUUAUUCCUUAGUUAAGUUAAAAUUUUAAUCCUUAGUUGAGUUAAAAUUUUGAUAAUUUGGAAAGCUAAAAUCUCAGUAAAUUAUAGAACUAAAAUUAAAAAAAUAAAAUGAAUUACAAUUAAAAACAUUAAUUGAAUGAUAGCGAUGCUGAAUAGGUCACUUAUCCAUUAGACUAAUUGCAGAUGGAUUAUUAUAAAAAAAUAAAAAAAUAUAUUAAAAGAAUGGAAGAGAUUGAAAAAAUAAAAGAAGAGCUAUGGAAUAUUUGA